AUGAGUGAUGGUUCACAACAACACCAGAGUAAGCGUAUCUCUCGGGGGAUAGCGUCCCAUCUGCCAGCUCCGUCAACAGUUAUACCCUGCGAUCGUCACGUCUACAUACAAGUAGCUAAGGCAAAGCGUCGAUCUUGUCAACAAUGCGCCUUUAAUCGAAUUCAGGAUCGUCGAGCUGGAAGAGCCGUAGAGCCAAGCAACACAAUACGCAGAACUCAAUGGAAAUGCGCAAUUUGUUUAGUUUCUCUUUGCAAGAACAAGACCGAGGAGUAUAGUGAUUGCUGGAAGCAAUAUCAUUCUAGAGACUAUGCGAAAGCAUUUGCCAGUAGCUUGAUCAGUACCGAUGAAGACAUUACCCCCAAGGACACCCGAGAAGCUUGCGACAAUACUGAAGACACUGCCAAUGUCGAGGUUACCGCCAACACAGAAUACACCACCAGUCUCAAUGUCGUGCCCAGUGUCCAGGAAACUGCCUACGCGGGAGCAGAGGAAACGGCUAACGAACUAGAGGCAAACAUAUAA